AUGAGCGGAAUUACUGAAGAACUCCGUGAUUAUUCAUCUGAUUCAGAUUCUUCCGGAGAAGAAAAGAGCUCCAGUAAUAAAGUAGAAGAACACAAAUUUGAUAUACAUCCACGUCGUCCUUCUGCAAUGUUGGAAAGUGAUCUUCCAAAAUACAAUACUUACAAAUGUAUCAAGGUUAAAAAUGGAAUGCAUAGAGGAAGGUGCAUCCAUUUUGAAUUAGUUCUUGAAGAUAGACAUCUUUUCCAUUCAAAAGUUUAA